CCGCGCGGUUUUAUGGUGCGCUGUGGCACCAGAUAAGUGGGACAUACGCUUCUGCAUCUCGGUAUUUCGUAGUGAACUCGCCACCAGGUCGGAUCGCACCUGCACCACGCACCGUGGUACCUACGUGACAAUAUCGGUGUCACUUAUCACGGCGGCCAACGGACCACGCGAUAUACUUGUUUAACCGAAGGAUCUUCCUGCUACAGCGGAGAACUCAAAUACAUUGACAAAAAUGGCGCCGAACCUGUUCGGUACAUCAGCCACGUUAUAUUUAGAAGCUUCGCAGCAGGAUGUUCACCAGGAUAAGUCCGCGACAGAAAAGACAAACGCACAAAAGCUAAUAGUACAGAAGUCACCGGCCAGCCCUUCGAAAUACAAAUGGAAUAUCGUCUGGAGAAAUGUGAUUGCUUUCCUUUACCUUCACAUCGGAGCGAUAUAUGGGUUGUACCUUUUCUUCAAUUCGACGAUGUUCUACACGUUUUUAUGGUCAAUAUUCAUUGGACUCUCAUCAGCAGUAGGCAUUACAGCUGGUGCUCAUAGAUUAUGGGCUCAUCGAGCGUAUAAAGCAAAAUGGCCACUCCGAUUUUUUCUCAUGCUCUGCCAAACGACUGCUUUCCAAAACCAUAUCUACGAGUGGGUCAGGGAUCACAGAGUGCAUCACAAAUUCACUGACACGGAUGCUGAUCCUCACAAUGCGCAACGAGGAUUCUUCUUCUCCCACAUGGGCUGGUUGUUGGUCCGCAAACAUCCCGAAGUGAUCAGGAAAGGCGCCACCGUUGACAUGAGCGACUUGGAACGGGAUCCUAUCGUAGUCUGGCAAAGAAGAUUGUACAUCAUCCUGAUGCCGCUUUGUUCCUUCAUCCUACCCAUGUGGAUACCAAUUCAUUAUUGGGGCGAGAAGCCAUUGAAUGCUUGGUACUCUACCGUGUUCAGGUACACACUGUCCUUGAACCUCACAUGGUUGGUGAAUUCAGCAGCGCAUAUUUGGGGAAUGAAGCCUUAUGACAGUACUAUCGGCCCAACCGAGAAUCUUAGUGUCGCCAUAUGUGCAAUCGGUGAGGGUUGGCACAAUUAUCACCAUGUAUUCCCCUGGGAUUACAAAGCUGCGGAGUUAGGAAACUACAAGACCAACAUCACCACGGCUUUCAUCGAUUUCUGCGGUCGAAUAGGCUGGGCGUACGACAUGAAAACUGUGCCUACCGAAGUUGUAAAAAAGCGGGCUGCUAGAACUGGUGAUGGAUCAAAGUAUCAAAAGGGUAAUGGCCAUACGCACAAUCACGAGGGUGCGAAAUGGGGAUGGGGAGACGCAGACAUGGAGCCAGAAGAGAUCAAGGAAGUGGAAAUUUUACACAAGAGCGAAUAAUAAAUUACAUUCAACGGAUAUUACAAGAACAUUGAUUAAAGUUCUUGGUAGAUACGGCGUAUAGAUAUAACGGCGAUUGAUCGUUCGCAACGUCAAUUAAUAUUUGUUAUGUACAAUGAUCAUUGGUUGAUUGUUUGGGAAAUCGUUCGGCUCGAAAUAAAUUAAUGAAACAGAAAGAAAAAGGGAAAGAAAAGUAAAUCGCAGAAUGUCUCUGUAACGUACGAUUUUUCAAACGAACGGCCAGUUCCUUUGACACGACCGAGAUCGAAAGGAGUCAAAGCGUUGAGCGGUACGUGUUAGAAAAUGGAGAAAGAAAGAAAAAAAAAGAAAUCGGAAGAAAAGUAAAGCGGCAUUUGGUUUUCGAACGUUCUAUCGAAGUUACACCGGUCAGCUGCAAACACGCGGAAUCAAAUUAAUUCGUGGCCUUUUCGAAGAUUAUCGUUUCGAGAGAUGCGAACGUUUUUAUUAUACGACUUCUCUGAUGUAUUUAUAUCGAAACGAGUCUGUCAGGUGUAUGGUAAGUUUAUUAAUUAAUCGAUUUAUCCUACUCGAUCUGCAUUAAACGACGCCGCGAACGAUGAGCAUUUAUCAAGACCCGAUCAUAAUGCAGUUCGAGUGACGUAGAGCUAUUGUAACCAAAGCAUUGUAAAUUAUAUAUCGAUUGAUCGACUAGUUUUUGGGUACUGAGGAAUAAAGGAAAGAUACAUCGCGCGUAGCAUCGUUGGAAUCGUAAAUCUUGACGAUGGUCGAGCUGGGAUCGCGUGAAAGUUUCUUCUGCGUCUAGCCAGUAGGAUAAUGAACUUUGUAAAAAAACUGCAUAUUUAUUAUAAACAACUUUGUUCUAUUAAAA